AUGCCCUCCUCAAUCCUCCCAUCGCCCAACCUCAACCUCCACGCCCUAAUCAUCGGUAUAAACAAAUAUGCCGAUAAAUCCUCAGGCUCUUUCGAAGACCUCGAAUGUGCCGUCAGCGAUGCCAAGUCAAUCGUCAAUUUCCUCGAAACGUCCCUCCACGUCUCAUCCUCCCACAUCCUCACCCUCUUCGACUCUGCCGCUACCCGCUCCAACAUCCUCUCCUCCUUCGCUUCGCAUCUCCUCAACAACGACGAUAUCAAGCACGGCGACCCGAUCUUGGUAUAUUUCGCGGGCCAUGGAACGCACUAUCUGAUGAGGCCGAGGGAGAGAGAGAAGUACGAUACAGAUGACGGGAACUACGAAGCUAUCUGUCCUCACGACCGCGGCUGCAUCGACCCAGAUGGCAAAAAAGUGAGGGACAUUCGGGACUCGACACUAGGCAAGAUGCUGCUCGACCUCUCGCUCGCAAAGGGGAACAACAUCACCGUCAUCCUCGAUUGUUGUCAUUCCGGCAGUGGGACGCGCGGG